CGCGUCUUCAAAUGUUCUCGUUGCUUUGGCUCCCUCUUGCCGCGGCUCUUGUUGCCGCGUGUGAGACAAAGGCCCUCCCCCUCCCCCUGACCCUCGCCACACACAAUGCCUCCAUCGGCAGUCUCUCUGUCAGUGCAGACACAACCGCCUCCGGAUCCCUGCGUCAGGUGGAUGUGUGCGGCAACCUGGUGGAGAGCCCGAUGCUCGUCGCAGCCUUCAAAAUCGCCGCACGCCAUGGUGUGGACGUCGCUCCCGUCGCGGAUCCCAUUCUCGUGAGUGCCGGUGAAAGACAGACACACACGCACGGCGCCCAUAGAGGCCGGCCGGUCUCUCUCUCUCUCUCUUUCUGUUCGUGUGUGUGUGUUUUUUUGAAGGCCUUUCGUUAUUUCAGCAAGGAGCAGAUGGAUGUGGUCGAAGAACAAGUGAACACAUACCUGACGGCGGCAAAAGAAGGCCUCUUCACCGACAAAGAGAGGGCAAAAGCAUAUUUGUGGGCAGAGAGGAUCCGCUCUGCAAUGGACGAAAUACAGCGGCUGGCCAACCCCGAGAAGAAGGAGAUUUGUUUGCGUGAUUGGCACCGUUCUGAUGAGACAGCCUGUCCCCCAGCCAUGCCGCAGCUGUGCGCUUUCGGGUAUGAGUGCGCCAGCAGCGCUAUCCAGUGCGCAAAAUACCAAUUCAUAUCUGGGGUAACAAAUGGCGCGAGUAGACAGACGGACACACCGCACAUGUGUCUCAUUUCUGUGUCAGCUUGAGACGAUCGGCGCGCCUCUGUACCUUCUGGGGUGGCUGACGGCCAACCCCACCUUUGUCGGCGCUUCCCGCGUGGCCGGGACCGGCUCCUUUUUCCUGAAGCACAAGGCUCUUUUCUUCGAGUAUGCCUCAAUCAGCCAGCAGGUGCAGGACGACCUCGAGGUGAAGGGAAAGCUCGACAAAGAGACGGCCACAAAGGUGGCCUCGCUGGCGUGGCUGGGCUGGUUCGUCAAGCAGGGCAUGAACGUGUAUCAGAACCUUCUCUGGAUACGCGGCAACGUACCGGGGUAAGCGCACCAAUCAAGAAGGAUGGAUCCACAGCCACCGGUGACGUUUUUGGUCUCAGGAACCCAGUCAUGGGCAUGACGAUGUACGAUUGGUACAGCAGGUGGGGCGGCUACGUGUGGAGGUACCUCUCUGGCGGGCUCGAGCGGGCCUGCACCCUGCUGAAGGAACACUUGCUCUCCCACUUCCUCACCGCCACCUUUGACGAGCAGCAAGACAACACCCAAGAGCAGCAGGAGAGAGACGGAGAGGGAGAGGGAGAGGAAGAACCGGAGACAGACAAAGAGACGGAGGAAGAGAGAAAAAGAAGGGGAUCGUUUUGGGCCAAACUCUUCAGUCGAAAAGAGUGCGACUACACUGGCAGGCCAGAGACUCCGCUUGACGAGGCGUGUGAGCUGACCGGGCUGGUGCAGGCGAAGCAAGACAUCAUACGCGUCGAGAAGCGCGUGCAGGAGAGGAAGGAGAAAAGGCGACGCAAGAAAAGGGGAAGGAGAGGGAAGAAGAGGGACGGGCGAUGAUCGAUGUGAUCGAUGUGACGGAUGGACGGAUGGAUGUGGCUGCGUGGUUGGUGUGAGAGACAUGGCUUGUGGUUUAUGGUCAAGGCCGGCUCUGUGUGUGGCAUGAUCGCUUUCAAUGUCCGCC